UACCUUAAAGAUAAUACAGAAAAUAUUUCCAAUGGGGUAAAUAAAUUUUGGAGGAACUCCAUCAACUCUCCAUCAACUAUCAUCAGCUCCAAAUGUAAUAAAAUUCAAUAUCUAAAAAGGAAAGAAGAAAAUUUUAAAUAACAAUGAUAAUAAUAUAUUCCGUGAAACAACAAAAGAUAGUAAAUUAAAAACUUACAAGAACAUAUCUUUAAUAAUUAAUUAGAAGAGAAGGAGAUAAAAAUAAAGUGACGGAAACCACAAACGAUACCGCUAUCACUAUAACAGGUUGGCAAAAAGAAAAAGAUCACACAAGUUGAUCCAAGGUAUCGAAGCUUUCGCCGGAAAUAUGUGUUCAAAGGAGAAGAAGAGCAACAAUCUUUCUCUUCCUUUUUUUUCUCGAGGAAUACUCGUAAAGGUGACUCACUUCCAGACUGUGAGUUUCGCUAAAGAAGACUAUUUCCCUCUCUCUUCCACCACAGAGAAUCUGCAUACCGUGUGUGCGGUAGCGGUUUAUAAUCGCCUUCCUCGAGGAUCGUAAACGUGGUGCGUAUAUAACCGAUGCUUGGUCAAUCUCUUCCUUCAAACGUGAUCUAAGUCUUGCCGGGAACGGGAACUGUUCUGAAGCUGAUCACUGAAUACCGUUUUGCAACCAUGUGGACUGUACUCGUGCUUAUCUGUUUCAUAUCGUCGUUCGAUAUCGGCGCUACAAAGGAUCAAUUACAUCCACAAUCUUACAUAGAACACCCUGACUCUACUGAAACAACAUUAAGGAAGCUAGAGGAUCCAUCGGUUAGACUUCCCAGAAGAUUCAGGGAGAACAGUCGCACGAGGCGAUUGCACAUUGAAAAUCAAACUGGAUUCGAUGGAAAGGUAGAGAAGAUUCAUAUCAAUUCUGAGGAAGACCUUCCUGGAAUACGCGCCUAUGGAUUGCAGAAGAAGAACCUAAUGAAUAACGGGUACAUCGAGAGGAUGAUAGAAAAAGAGGUUAAAGAAGAUCUUAACGAUGCUUCUAGAGUAACUCGUUCGGUGGAGGCGUACGGAAAAUCCAAAGAUCACCUUGAGACCAAUGGAAAAAUUGAAAGAAUACAGUCUCCUGUGUCACCUCGAGCAACAAGCGAGCCAGGAAAUAGAGUAUCCAGAUCCAUAGCAACGGAAAGCAAAGGAGAACCGGAUGACCUGGAAGCCCAAGACGCGAAAAUCUUCAGACCGUUGUUCGUGUACAGACAGCAACAGGCGAAGAGGCAACAUCGUGCGAAGAAUCGUUUCUUGCAAAUGAACCAGAAUUCUUUCCACAAUCGACGUCCAUUCUUCUGAAAUCCUCUCAUCUGACCAACGUGUUCGCCUCUCGAGUGCCUGGAAACAAAAUGAAGGAUCAAUCGUGUGAUCAAACAGAAACUACAGAAGCUAGUUAUUACAACAUGCAAACGAACAUCGAGCACACUGUUUGCGUUACGGUGAUCCUUGAGUCGGCUAAUUAUCAUAAUAAUUAACCAAUCGAGGCAGAAGUCGUUUUGUGCCAUAAAAGAAGAAAGCGGUUCCCGCGCGUCCCUUCCCCGAACACGUUUAGCCUGUCGACGAGAAUGACUUAUGACGAUCGAAAGCACGAUAAACGCUCGAUAAUGACCAAGAAGGAUGCACGGGAAGAGAAUAUUUCCAUCCUGUGUUAUUAAUCGGCGUGUAACCAGCGCGCGCCAUAGGCGAUAUAUACCAAAAAGUAUUACCGAUAAGCGCGAAACCAAGAUUUAUGUAAUUAGAUGCCGAUGGACUAUUAACAUUUUGUAACGUUCUUGCUUUUCCAAUAUGAAUUAUAAUUAUUACUGUAAAUAAAGAAUCGACAAUA